AUGUUUCCCAUGCUUUCGAAGGACGAUGCGUACUUGGAAGGCGACUACGACAUUGUGGCUGCCGCGAAUGGCGCGACACCGAGCCGGGGCAGCCAAAAGUCGUCGUCCGCUGGCAUGUCCGUGCUGACGAGCGAGCCGACGACCGCGCACCGGCCGGUAAUGUACCCGACGGUCAUUUGUGAAGACCAGCGGUCGGGCGCCGGCGACGACGACGAGGACCGUCGGUCCUGGACACACUAUUACGUCGGCGCACCUGGCACGCUUCUCGGCGCGGUUCUUGGGCUUGUGCUCGGCUCUGUGCUUGCAAUGGAGUCGGUCAAGUCGGAGCUCAAGCAAUUCGAGUACACGGAGAAGCUCAUUGUGCGCUGGGGCGCGCUCUACUUUCGCGCUGUGAGCUGCCUUCUCGUGCCAACGGUCUUUGUGAGCCUCGCGCGCGCGGUCGCCGACAUUGUGUUCAACCCGCGGCUCACGCGCAUGGGGUGGCGCAUCGCCGCCUACUCGCUGCUGACAACGGUCCUUGCCGUCGCCCAAGCCAUGGCGUGGGGGUACCUCUUCGCCGACAAGUACGACGGUGCAACGUACAUGUUUAAGUACUCGGGCUACUCGAUCACGUGUCCGCACAACAAGACCGAGUAUUUGCGCAUGGCGCCCAACGGCACGCUCAACUGCGGUCCGCUGCCGUCGCGCCAGAUCCGCACCAUGGUCUUCCCGCUCUACGACAACACCAAGCAGCUCGUGCUCGCGCCGGACAUUCGCAAGCUCAUCUACUACGAGUCGACGACCAAGGAGAUUCUGCACGGCCUGCUGCUCUUGACGCCGACCAAUGUCAUUGGCGCGUGGCACAACAACGAGGUCAUGAGCAUCGUGGUCUUUGCCAUGGUGUUUGGCCUCGCGGUCGGUCUCGCCCAAGUCAAACCGCUCCUCAAGCUCCUCAUCGGUCUCGAGACGAUCUUCAAUAGCAUGAUGACGACCGUCGUCAAGACCGCACCGAUCGCACUCAUCUCGCUCAUCGCUGGGCCCGUGUACGCCGGCACGCACGUCCUCACGCUUGACAAGGACCUCGGCCGCAUCCUCUACUACGUGCUCACGUUUUUCUGCGCGACGGUCGUCCACGCAUGCGUCGUCAUGCCCCUUCUGUUUCUGCUUCGAACCAAGCAGUCGCCAUGGCGCUUCUUUGUGCUCGGCGUCCAUGAACUCGCUGCCGGUUGUCUCGCGCUGCUUUGA